GCCUCUUUCUCGUGUGGUUCAUCGGGCACGCAGGAUCGGGAGAACGAAACAAUGCUGGCUGGCGGUUUUCUCCCUUCUCCAUUCCCAGCUUUCUCUCGGUCGCCUCCUCUUCCUUAUGCUCUUUCAAGAAAUUGUCUCCGAUCAUGUAACAGCCGGCAUGUGCUCUCCCACUGCGCCCAAAACCGCGGCAGCAGCAGGACAUGUAUUGCGACCCGUGCUGCCGUUUCGAGAGGAGAAGAUGAUGAUGAAGAAAAGGAAGGAGAAGGGGAUGGGCGUUCUCCCGGAGCGGCGAAGGGGUCGGGGACGUCAGCACGAGGGAGGCGGCUGCUUAAAGUGAGGGAGGAGAAGCGCAAGAGGGAGUACGACCGCAUCCUCAACUACCCCUCCUGGGCCAAGAUAUUAGAGAAUGCAUGCAAAGAUGAUGCUGAACUUCGUGCAGUUCUUGGGGAUAGCAUUGGGAACCCAGAGUUGAUGAGAAAGAGGGUUGAGGAAAGAGUUCGGACAAAAGGUAGAGACUUUCGCAAGUCGAAGACAGGAUCUGUUCUUGCUUUCAAAGUUAGCUUUAGAGAUUUUAAUCCUUUAGACUCAUUCAUAUGGUUUGAACUUUAUGGUGCUCCAUCAGAUCGUGAUGUUGACCUUCUUGGUAGUGUUAUUCAGUCAUGGUAUGUUAUGGGGCGUUUGGGAGCUUUUGACUCUUCAAAUUUACAGUUGGCCAACUCAUCCAUGGACUACAAUCCAUUGUACGACUCUGAUAAAGCUGUUCAAUCAAUGUCUUCAUCCUUCCAUGAUAUUGGUGAUGUUGAAUUUCAGGACAACUGGGGCAGGGUUUGGGUUGAUCUUGGAACUUCUGAUUUCUUUGCUGUGGAUGUAUUGCUUAAUUGCCUUACUGUAUUGAGCUCAGAAUACUUGGGUAUCCAACAAGUGGUAUUCGGUGGGCGACGUAUGGGCGACUGGGAAGAGGGCAUGAUGAGCGCAGAGUACGGAUACAAGCACUUCAAAAUUUGAGAUGAAACAACACAAAGAAGCUGAAGUACAGAUGAAAGAGUUUCACGAUGUGACUUUAUAUCAGAAUCUCAAUUUCUCAGGCUAGCCAAUCCUUUUGAAGCUGCCUAGUGGGAAGACCAUACGGAAAUCAGAUGAGAAUAAAGACCAACUAUUUUAACAAUCUGUUCUUUCUUGUGAAGCAUGCUCAAGGAAUAGCAGAGUCGAGCUUAAUUGGAUCAGGGAGAGGCAGGGCUGUAAGACUUGCUUUUACAUGGAAGCUGCAGUACAGAUUGUGUUGCAUUUUGCUACGAUAGUGCAAACAAUUUACUGUACACAAAUUUGGCACUGUAUUGAACGUUUGAAAGCACCGCCUCUAGUUUUAAUUUGG